AUGCUUGCUGAAAACUAUUGGAAGUCCACUGCUAGUUUCAAAAGCGGCAGAGCCAGUGUACAAGAGGAUAUCAGUAAAGAAGAGUUAGAACGGAUUAAGACUGCGCUGCAAAGUCCGACAGAAGCAAUACGUGAGAGCGCAGUUCAAGAGCUCGCAAUUUGGCACCACUUCUUUGGAAAGCUGCUCACUGUGAGAGCUGAUGGGCAUAGAAUGUGGGACGGAUGGUCUGAAAGUUGGUACAAAGAGGGUAAAAAGAUGUACAUCAUAAUUGUCGCCAUGGUACUCUUCUACGUGGUUGGCAUUAACGGCGGCGAUUUUGAUUACAACCCACAUGUAAUCUGCCAAAAACACAUGUGGACAAACGCGAACUACGCUACCGACAUGUGCGUUAAGUUCUGCCAGCAUUGGUAUAAAGUGAGCGGUUUUUGUUGGAAGGACGGUGGUUACUACCUGUGUAAGUGCUUGAAGUAGUCUGAAGUGCCGCGAUCCAGCACCAUGUUCAAGAAGUGAUUGAUAAAUUGAAGCAAUGUAUUUAACA